GCCCACAUUUGUAACUUCUCGGCGACUUUUCCCUCACCUCCAAGCAUCUGUUAUUAGGGAUUCUUCCUGCGAGAAAGAUGCGGCAGCCUCUUUGCUUGGUCUCCACCUGCUGCAACAGCUCCUGCUGCUUCCGCCCGAAGGACUGGUCGAAGAGGCGAGAGGCUGCUCCGCUCCGCCAAGAGCAAGGAGGCGGAACCCCGGGAGGAGUCAUGGAGCGGCUGGCGACUCCUCUGGUGGCCGCCACUGCAAUCCUCGCCUUAUCCGCUCCCGUGGCCUAUGGCCAGUCUAUAUCGAAUGGUGCAGCUCUGUUUCAGAAAGCAUGUAUCGGUUGCCAUGACAUGGGAGGGAACCUUUUGCAGCCUGGUGCCACUCUAUUCAUGAAAGAUCUGCAAAGGAACGGUGUUGCCACAGAGGAGGGAAUAUACGACAUCACUUACUACGGAAAGGGAAGGAUGCCGGGUUUCGGAGAGAGAUGUACGCCGAGAGGUCAGUGCACAUUCGGACCACGGCUGCAGGAGGAUGAAAUCAAGCUCUUAGCAGAGUUCGUGAAGGCACAGGCUGACAGAGGAUGGCCAAAAAUCGAAAGCUAUGGAGAUUGAACUCUGCAGAAAACGAAAGUUCAGAAAUGGCACAUGGUCAGUAGACAAGACGAUAGACGUGUCGGAUCCAAGUGAUUUAGAUUUAUCAAUGAUCCUCGUUUCGAUGGAGACGAUGAUAUAUCAAUCCGAAUGAGUGAGCCCAACAUCUUAAUUAAAUGGAGAGAGAAAUUGAGGAGAUACAUAUCUUGUAAUAUAUCAUCGUUUAUUUUUUACUCUAAAAAAAUAAUUUUAAUAAUGUUAGCAUAAUGUGACGUCUAGAAAGAAAGUAAAAAACUUUGAUACUUUAUCAUAAGAGGAAAAAUAAACAAUUUAUUACUAUUA